GUAUUACACUUGACAUUUGUACAUGUGCGCUCGAUUGCUGUCUGUUGCUCACUUUCAAUUGUUUAUUUUUGUCAAAAUGCUAUUUUCAUCAAUAUUCACUGAAACGAAUUGCAUUUUGAUGUAAAAACAUGAAACAAGUUAUCAUAUUUUAUUUUUAUUUAUCGCUAAUGGAAAAUCGCUCAACACAACAACUUAUCCUAAUAUUGAAAAACAACAAGCAAAAACCGAUUACCAUUUCAAAACGUCUAAACUGUCAGUGUCAUUGUUGAAGUUAAGUGCCGAAGUUGCGGUUAGGAAUCAAGCAUGUUGUAACAUAGUCAACAAUUAUUGCAAUUCUUUUUUAAAAAACUGUUUAAUAGUAAUUUGUAAGAAAUUCCAAGUAAAUUUAUAAAAUUAGACUGAGUCGAGUGAGAGUUUGUUAAAACGUGAUGUGGACAUUUUCGCUGAGGCUUCUAACACAAAACAGAUUAAUCAGUCGAAACCUCCUGCGAAGAAAUGAUUCAAUUGUUGGAUGGUUCAAUAGUCAGCCGUGCUCUGCGCGAGGGAAACAAGAUAAUACCGGCGAUGAGUCGUUCAAAGUGUCACGAUUGUUUGAACCAGCAGCGCCAAAGGGAAGUUCCGAUUCCGAGUUGGGCGUUGAGCUCACCGGACGAAUAAACAAAUCGGACAUUUUGAAAGUACUAAAUAAAUUUAGCCAAAAAGCGGACAAUAAAAGUCUCUGCCUUGAAUAUGGUCUUGAUGAUUACAUCCAACAGAAAGCAUUUGCCAGUUUUCGCCAAUAUUGUUUCCAAACAAAAUCCAUACCAGCAGAGCUAUACAUCAAACUGUAUGAUAUCGUCAAUGGUGCUGGACAUCCAGAUGACUUGUUCCCAUACCUUUUGAAUCAUGCUAGAGAAAUAUUCCCACAUUUGAGUUGCAUGAAUGACUUGAAGAAAAUAUCUGAUUUGACAAAUCCAUCGACAUGGUAUCCACAGGCUCGUAGCAAAAUUCGAAAAAUUAUCUUUCACGCAGGACCCACAAAUUCUGGUAAAACAUAUAAUGCGAUGCAACGAUUUUUACAAGCUGAUUCUGGUAUUUAUUGUGGCCCACUGAAACUACUGGCCAUGGAAGUGUUUCAGAAGAGCAACGAAAAAGGAACACCAUGUGAUUUGGUAACCGGAGAAGAAAAGCGCAGGAGCAAAGAAGAUGGAUCAGAAGCAAAUCACGUGGCCAUAACAAUUGAAAUGGCACCAGUCGAUCGAAGGUAUGACGUUGCCAUUAUCGAUGAAAUUCAAAUGCUAAGAGAUCCCGGUCGUGGAUGGGCAUGGACGAGGGCCUUCUUGGGAUUGAAUGCGGAUGAGAUUCAUGUGUGCGGUGAAGCAGGAACCAGAGAGUUGCUUGAACGUUUAUGUUUAACCACCGGCGAAAUAGUUGAAUACAAUCAUUAUGAUCGAUUGACACCGCUCACAAUCGAAGACAAACCAAUCGAAUCAUUCGAAAAACUGCAGCCAGGCGAUUGCAUCGUGUGUUUUAACAAAACUGAUAUCUAUACAGUUUCACAUGAAAUUGAGUCACUAGGUAGUGAAGUGGCUGUGAUUUAUGGGAGUUUGCCACCAAAUACAAAAUUAGCACAAGUGGCCAAGUUCAAUGAUCCUAACAAUCCUUGCAAAAUAAUGGUUGCAACCGACGCAAUCGGAAUGGGUUUAAAUCUGAGCAUACGACGUAUCAUAUUCUACUCCAUGGUGAAAUUACAACAGAAUGAAAAUGGCGAAAAGGGAAUUUCUUCUAUAUCUGUGUCGCAAGCGUUACAAAUAGCUGGUCGAGCUGGUCGAUUUGGAACACAAUGGGAACAUGGGUAUGUGACGACGUUCAAACGAACGGAUUUGCCAAAGCUCAAAUAUUUGCUAUCGGAAAAGCCUGAACCAAUCACACAAGCCGGCCUUCAUCCCACUGCCGAUCAAAUAGAAUUAUACGCUUAUCAUUUGCCCAAUUCAUCUCUUAGUAAUUUAUUGGAAAUAUUUACAUCGUUGAGCACAGUGAAUGAUGAUCUGUACUUCAUAUGCAAUACGGAGGAUUUCAAAGAAUUAGCAAAUAUGAUUCAUCAUAUUCCGUUGUCGUUACGCAUUCGUUAUGUGUAUUGUUGUGCGCCAGUAAAUAUAAAGCAACAGUUUGUAUGCGCCAUGUUCACCAAGUUUGCCAACCAGCACAGUAAAUAUGAAGCAAUUACAUAUGAUUUUGUCGCGCAGAACUGUGCACUUCCGGUGCGAUUGCCACAAUCGAUAGCAGAUUUAGUUCAAUUGGAAAAUAUUUUCGACGUUAUGGACAUCUAUUUGUGGCUAAGUUAUCGUUUUGCUGAUAUAUAUCCACAUCGAGACCGAAUUCGAGCGGCCCAAACACAGCUGGACGACUUGAUUCAGCAAGCUGUUGCCCAAAUAACAAAAUUGAUCAAAGAAGCAAAUGAUAAUUCAGAACCAAGUCAAUCGGCAAAAGUCGUUGUAACACUUGACGAUUACAGUAAAGCGGCACAAUCCGAAUCGGGAGACAGAGAACGAUUUUCAGAGUAUUUAGUUCGAAAAGGUGUUUUAACGUCAACGAUGAUGAAACAAUUGCAAAAUGAAUUCUUAGGAACAUCUAAACCAACCGAUUCGCGCAAUUUUGAAAUUGAUAGUAGACAUAAGCCAUCAUCAAAACGAAGCAAAAGACGAAAAUAAUGUGUACAAUAUUUGUUGGAAUAAAAUUUAAUGUAGAUUUAUCACUGAGUGAUACCAAAUUGCUAUA